GAGAAAGACAGAGGGAGGGAUAGAGCGAGAGGAGCGAGAAACAUACUGCAAGCAAUUGAAGCAUAGCCAGUCUGCAGAAAGGAGAAGGUGUAUUGUAAGAGAGAAUAAAGGUACAUGUUCUGUUAGCAAUAGCUGGGUGAGAAAAAUAGGGCACAAAAUUGGAGUACAGCAGAGAAGAGUAUAGAGAUUCAAAAUGGAUAUACAGUCAGAGAGUAGCGAACUCUCUCCGUGCGACCCACAGCCUGCUGGAAAAAUCAGAAAGGCCUUCAAGCUGUUUGGGAAGCGCAAGCCAGGCAGCAUCUUCUCCAUGCGCGGCAAAGGCGAGGGGAACAACAAGUCACCUAUCGCCAGGAGCAAGACAGUGGAAGGAUUAACGGAGUCCGCAGCAGCGGAGCAGGAGCUGGAGAAGGAGACCGAGAAGGAGGAGGAACCAGAGGUGAGUCAUAGAGAGGAGGAGGAAGCCCUGGAGGAGCCCCUGGGUGAUGCUGGAGAUCCCGCCAUCCCUUCUGCUGGCCGUCCCUCCAUCUCCUCUAUGACCUCUGCCAAAUCUCUCAGCUUCCUGAUGAAGUUGCGGCGCAGCCGUCGAGGAGGACCAGACCGGAGGUUCCGUACAGAGUCCCAGCCAAAGGUACGCCAGCGUCGGGGCCUGAAGGGUCUCUUCAACAGCCUGGCGUGGAACCAGCGAGAGAAGGAGGCCAGGGACGAGGCCGAGACCCCCCCGAGCCCCCUCCUCAUGUCGUCCCGUACAAACAGCGUGGAGAUCAUCAAGGAAGACAUGACUUUGACUCCCAGACCUGCGCCUCGCAGCCAGGAUGUCCCAGAGCCUGAGCCUGGACAAGAGUCCCCUGUUUCAUCGAAGAGCCCCACAGUGAAGGAGAGCUCAGCCUCAAGCUCAUCAGAGACGACGGCUCCCUCAGUGACUACAGACAGCGUCACGGAAUCUAAUGAGGAUGUACUGCCGCCUCUGCCCACCACUGAACCACCACCCUUGGAUCCUGCUGUGGAUCGUCUGAGCUCGCUGCUUGCAGACAUCUCCUCUCUGAUAAGCUUCGACUCGUUGACAGGAUGUGGAGACAUUUCUGCUGAAGUGGAGGCGGAGUGGGGCAAAGCCUGCCCUACUGUCGGGACUGGACCUGGGACCAAGGGAGCUGUGGCUGGAGAGAAAUCCUCAUCAACUACUCUUUCAGCAAAACCUACCCCUAUUUCUAAACCUACCCCUAUUUCUAUACCUACCCCUAUUUCUAUACCUACCCCUAUUUCUAAACCUACCCCUAUUUCUAAACCUACCCCUUCCUCUUCCCCCAUCACUAAACCUACCCCCACCUUUACCCCUACAACCAAACCUACCCUUUCGCCUUUCCCCACCACUAAACCUACCCCCACCUUUACCCCUACAACUAAACCUGAACCUACCAGCUGGUCGAUCAAACCUGAACCUUCCCCAUUUAGUCACCCCACCUCCUGCCCCUGUAUCCAAACCUUCCCCAGUAGUUACCCCACCUCCUGCCCCUGUAUCCAAACCUUCCCCAGUAGUUACCCCACCUCUUGCCCCUGUAUCCAAACCUUCCCCAGUAGUUACCCAACCUGCUGCCCCUGUAUCCAAACCUUCCCCAGUAGUUACCCUACCUCCUGCCCCUGUAUCCAAACCUUCCCCAGUAGUUACCCCACCUGCUGCCCCUGUAUCCAGACCUUCCCCAGUAGUUACCCCACCUGCUGCCCCUGUAUCCAAACCUUCCCCAGUAGUUACCCCACCUGCUGUCCCUGUAUCCAAACCUUCCCCAUUAGUUACCCCACCUGCUGCCCCUGUAUCCAAACCUUCCCCAAUAGUUACCCCACCUCCUGCCCCUGUAUCCAAACCUUCCCCAGUAGUUACCCCACCUGCUGCCCCUGUAUCCAGACCUUCCCCAGUAGUUACCCCACCUGCUGCCCCUGUAUCCAAACCUUCCCCAGUAGUUACCCCACCUGCUUCCCCUGUAUCCAGACCUUCCCCAGUAGUUACCCUACCUCCUGCCCCUGUAUCCAAACCUUCCCCAGUAGUUACCCCACCUGCUGCCCCUGUAUCCAAACCUUCCCCAGUAGUUACCCCACCUUCUGUCCCAGCCCCAGUGGCCAAACCAGCUUCUACUCCCCGUUUCCUACCCCUGUCCCUACCCCAACUCCAGUCCCCAUGUCUAAGACUCCCCCGUUUCCUACCCCUGUCCCUACUCCAACUCCAGUCCCAAUGUCUAAGACUCCCACGUUUCCUACCCCUGUCCCUACCCCAACUCCAGUCCCUAUGUCUAAGACUCCCUCUACCCCUGCCUCAUUCCCUUCUAUGCCCUCUCCUGUUCUCUUCCUUGCCCCUGUGCAGUGUACACCCCUUGCCUCUGGUCAGGUGAAGGGUGGUGAGCGCAAGGGCUCUCUAGAUACAGGAGAGGACAUGACGAGUCCAAACGGCAUGGAUGUGCGGGGUGCCUGGAACAAUUCACCCAAGAGAGAAGAGAAAGGCCUCGCUUCACAGAAUGAGGCACACAUGGACCCCCAGGGCCCCCCCACAGAGAAGAAGACACCCCCAGUGAAGGUAGCGGGGCUCAGUAAGAUCCCUGUCUGCGGUGGAGGCAGGGCAGGCAAGCUGCCACUCCGUGAGUCCCAGUCCACUGACGACGAGGGGAGCUGGGACCCACCUACUCCAGGGCAGGAAGAGGGGAGUCCAUGCCCCAGCAUACGCCACGGAGUCAGCAAAGACACAAUUAGUAACUCCUCUGCUGAAGCUGAAGUUGAGGCCAGUCAUGUAAAACAUAGCCCAGAGGAGAGUCGUCAGCUCCGCCAACCUACAGUCUACAGCAGUAUACCGCGUGACUCCAAGAUCCCUGUCAAGCUGGGAGUCCAGUCCAACACCACUGUCCCCCAAGGAGCUAAGGAGCCCCCACGCUCCAAGAUACCUUUGUCCAAGGUUCCUGUCCGCAGGACCGGCAACAAACCCACAGCCAACACAGCUGCAAGCGCUCAAAAUAGAAAAUAAAGAUAAGAGACUGCUUCAAACACAAACACCGAAAUGGCUGCUUUCCUCCAAAAUCACUCUUUUAAUAUGAUCACAUGGACACCCUUUGCAUCCUGUACUGUAUAUUUACAAGGAGAGUCAAAUAUCUUCAUGAUUCUCUCAAAUGGCACUCUAUCCCACAUUGUUUUUGUCUUUCUGCUGUAGCACACCACCAUCAGCUCCAGAGCAACACAGACAUCGAGGCUGAGGCUCAAGCACAACAACACACAAGCGCAACAACACAUCUCCCCUGGGAACCAAAGGAAGGACUGUGACUCCCUUGUAUUGUGCCAACAUGACAGAUGCAUUCAACCAAGGUGCAGGUCUAAACCUGGAGUAGAACGGUGAUUGAGGAGGACGGUCGUAACAAAGGGUAUUCUGGGAUGUAAUUGUUAAAGGAUGCACGGGUAUGGUAGCAUACCAAGGUCAGAAACAACCGCAUAUGGAAGAGAGUAUCUUUCUAUGGUGCUUUUUUUUCCCUACAGACUAUCAGAGUGAAAUAAAUCAACUUUUUCUACAAUACUUUUUAUCUUUUGUUACUCCCUCUUUUUUGUAGAACUGUCUAAAAACCCUGUCUUAUUUUCCUGCAAUUCCUUUUGAUAAGUGAUACUGUAGUCCUUUUUUCCCCCUUCGUCAUGCCAAGAGAGGGUCCAGACCUCUGAAGAAAAUGCAACAACCCACACCAACAUCCUAUAACAUCCCUGGAUGUAUGUAGCAGAAUGCAUGCCAACAUGAGCCAGGGGACUCCUUUCCUCUACUUUCCUUCAUUCAUUCUUUUGACACUGUGUGGAAUCAUACAGCGGCUGCCUGCCUGCUCAUAAGUAACACUGUCAAUCACACUGUGAACUUUGGGAAAGACUUGUGCUCUGGAUGGAGUUCAUUAUGGAUAGGGUGGCCCCUGUGGAAGGUUGGAACAGUGGGUAAGCCUGUAUAACAGACCCUGUCAAGUUUGAGUGGAUCCCGAGAGCAUCAGUUUCGGAGGGGUGCAAUCCCUUUGCUAAUCCCACUUAUACAUAGUCAUGCUCAGAUGAGGACAAUAUCUGUGUGUAUACAUGACCUAUGCUGUUCUGUUUCUUAUUUAAUCAAUAAAAUAAUGUGAGUACACUGUAUGUCACCUGA